GUGGGGGGUGUGGUUGGGGGUCCACAGGAGAUGCAGGAGCAUUCUUACCUAGACAUGGACUCUUAUCCCAACAAUGCUGCAAACCUUAAGUUGAGCCAGACAUCUCCCGAGUUGCCCCCGGCAACAGAAGGAGGCUCAGCUGCGAAAGACCUGCCCAAUGCCCAAUCCCAGCAGCAGGUCACCACCAGGCCUAAGCCCAUGACUCACCAGCUUUCCAGCCCUGAUUUCCAUGGUGAGGAGAAGAGUGAGCAGCUGACCAGCAUUGGGCAGAUCAAACCAGAACUUUACCGGCUGCGCCAGGGAGACCAGGGGGAUGGCAAACAAGGCGACACCUGCGGCAAAAUCAGCUUCCUCCUGCGCUACGCCUUCAACACGGAGCAGCUGGUGGUUAAGAUACUGAAAGCCCUGGACCUCCCGGCGAAGGAUGCCAAUGGUUUCUCCGAUCCUUAUGUCAAGAUCUACUUACUGCCUGAUAGGAAGAAGAAAUUUCAGACCAAGGUGCACAGAAAAACUCUCAACCCGGUUUUUAAUGAGACGUUCCAGUUCGGCGUGCCUCUGGCGGAGCUGCACUCGCGCAAGCUCCACUUCUCCAUCUACGACUUUGAUCGUUUCUCCAGACAUGACCUCAUAGGUCAAGUGGUGGUGGAUAACCUGCUGGACUUCAGCGAGGGCACCGGGGAGAAGCCAGUUUGGAGAAACAUCGUAGAAGGAACCGCGGAGAAAGCUGACCUGGGCGAGCUGAACUUCUCACUGUGUUACCUGCCAACAGCUGGCCGACUGACCAUCACCAUCAUUAAGGCCACCAAUCUGAAAGCCAUGGACCUCACGGGCUUCUCAGAUCCAUACGUAAAGGCAUCUCUGGUUUGUGAAGGUCGAAGGCUGAAAAAGAGGAAGACGUCCAUAAAGAAGAAUACUCUCAAUCCCACGUAUAAUGAGGCUCUGGUCUUUGAUAUCCCCAAUGAGAACAUUGAGAAUGUGUCGCUCAUCAUCGCCGUCAUGGACUACGACUGUAUUGGUCAUAAUGAGGUGAUCGGGAUGUGCCGUAUGGGCAGUGAUGCUGAUGGACCAGGAAGGGAGCACUGGACAGCCAUGCUGGCGAAUCCCCGCAAGCCUAUUGAACACUGGCACCAGCUGGUGGAGGAGAAAUCCAUAAACACAUACGUGUCAAAGAGUGUCACAGCCUCCCCUAAGCCACACAUAGUGGUGGACAGCCCUCACUCUGAGUAGAGAUGUCAGCAUUAUCUUUUUAGCAACAGAAAUACAUUCUUUCUUUUCAUCUGUGAAUAAUAAUUUAUCAAGAAAGAACCAGAGAAGAGACUGUGCUUGUGUUAGUGCUAUUCCUCUAAAUCAACCCUGCAGACCCAACACAAUAUAUAGAAAAAUAACUAGACUAGACCAGACACAAAUCACACACACAAACAGACAUACACAUGGAAUCGUAACAAAAUAACUGGCAUGGAUGGUUUUGCUUCAGGAAUGAUGUUAAAGUCAAAAUAUGUCAUGAUUUAUUCAGGGGAAAUAUGAAAAAAACAUUCCCACUUUAAAUAGAUAAUCUUUAUUUAGGUAUUUGAAACUGAGCCUACAAAAAAUUAGAUUUUAAUCACUUUAAAAAAAUAAAAUAAUCAGGAGAGACCUGAUUGAUUAUGGACCACAAAUGUUUCUGUGUAUGUGUGAGCGCAUGUGUGUACGUGAGUUUGUACGGGUGUCUGUGUGUAGCUAUAGAAAAUCUCUACAAGGUGUUUUCAGUCAGACAAAUAGCUGCAAGUUCUCAGAGUGGGUCUUCUCUGCCAAUGCAGAAUCCUUGAAACUGUUUCCUGUUUCUCUGGAGAGGAGGACUACUUUAUGACCGUUCCCAUAUGGAGAAGGAGAAAUAAGGACGGAUACAUUGGCCAAAUCGUGUCGUGCAGUAUUGAAAUGUGUCCCUCUGCCUUUUACAUUUUUAUCACCUUCUGCUUGGAGCUCAUUGAGAUCAGCAGUUUCCUUUUUUCGUUUGUUUACUAGAGUCCAACCAUUCUUCUUGUUCUACCAGAUACUGAAUGAAAUGAUUGGAGAAUAUGUUUCCCUGACAUGGACACACUGGCAAACUGAAUCCCAUUGAGAACUCUUCCAAAGGGAGCUAUCAUUGAUUUCAAACAUUGCCAGAGGACCCUAACUGGGAAGGACCUUGGAUUUGUGUGCACUUCCUGGAAACAUAUCCUACGGGGAAAAGAUCUGGCCAUAGUAU